CAGAAGAAGGUGGGGACGUUGUGGUAGGACAACUUCCACCGCAGCCCCGGCUCCAGCUCCUCCUCCCGCUGUUGGGAGUCUGGGGCUCGCGGUGAGUCACGCACUCGGCCCCGGCCUCCUAGUUACACAAACUAUUGUUGUUCCCAAGUUGCUGUGGGGGCUAUUGAAAGGCUCCGAGCCCCCCUGAGUUGGAGGUGCCAGCCCAGGGGUAACAAAGCCCCGGGGGCUGCAGGGGACGGCGGCCACCCCUCCCCGCCGGCUCCUCCCCGGCGCCGGAGGAUUAUUGCUUAACAACCAGGAGGGAUUUACCUGCUGCUCUUGGGAGCUGCCUCCUCCUGCUCCUCCCGCGGCGCCAGCUGAGCCGCCUGCAUCUCCCCUUCCUCCUGCGGCUGCCGAGCCGAGCCGGGGCCGCUCCCGGGAUUUCUCCGGCCCCAGUCACAGCGGCGAGGGGGCCCCAGCCAGACUCUGGUGCUGGGGAAAGCUUCGCACUGGUAGCUUGGCAGAGUGGACUUCUCAAGCUGUGUGAGAGAGAAGGAGAUUUCUAUGAGCUGCAGAGUCGAUAAAGAAAUGUCCAUCCUAAGAUGAUGCUUGCACCUCAUUGACUUGACUACAGAGUUUUCAACAGAAAUUGAAUAUGGCCUAGUAGGAUUGACCUUUGGAGAAUUUAUAAUGUCCUCCGGUACUAGUAGAAGCAAGAACCGGCAGGCUGUGAGCCUGCAGGGAGUUGACCCAGAAACAUGCAUGAUAGUGUUUAAAACGCAUUGGGGACAGGUUGUAAAAAUCUUAGAGAAGCAUGACCCUUUGAAAAAUACUCAGGCGAAAUAUGGGGCAAUUCCACCAGAUGAGGCGAGCACUGUGCUGAAUUAUGUGGAGCAUAUGCUUUUCUUAUUAAUUGAGGAGCAAGCAAAAGAUGCUGCAAUGGGGCCUAUCCUUGAGUUUGUGGUCACAGAGAACAUAAUGGAGAAACUCUUCCUUUGGAGCUUGAGGCGGGAGUUCAACGAUGAGACAAAAAUUGAGCAGCUGAAGAUCUAUGAGAUGCUGGUUACUCAGUCCCAUCAGCCUGUGCUGCACCACAAGCCCAUCUUGAAGCCUUUGAUGAUGUUGCUGAGCUCUUGCUCAGGAACAGCCACACCAGCUGUGGAGUUGGAGCUGGUUGUCCUGCUGAACCAACUCUGCUCUAUCCUAGCCAAAGAUCCUUCCAUUCUGGAGCUUUUUUUCCACACCAGCGAGGACCAAGGAGCUGCCAACUUCCUCAUUUUUUCCCUUUUGAUUCCCUUCAUCCAUCGGGAAGGAACAGUAGGUCAGCAGGCUCGUGACGCUCUGCUCUUCAUAAUGUCCCUGUCAGCUGAGAACAACGUUGUUGCAAAUCACAUAGUAGAAAACACCUACUUUUGUCCUGUACUAGCAACAGGACUGAGUGGCCUCUAUUCAUCUUUGCCAACAAAGCUGGAAGAAAAUGGAGAAUGGCACUGUCUGCUGAAAGAUGACUGGCUCUUGUCCCCUGCUCUUGUUCAGUUCAUGAAUUCCCUAGAGUUUUGCAAUGCAGUGAUACAGGUGGCACAUCCCUUGAUUCGUAACCAGCUUGUGAACUACAUUUAUGAUGGGUUUUUGGUGCCAGUGAUGGCUCCUGCACUCCAUAAGGUGACUGUGGAGGAGGUAAUGACUACAACUGCAUACCUGGAUCUCUUUUUGCGCAGUGUUUCAGAGCCAGCUCUACUCCAGAUUUUCUUGCGUUUCAUCCUGCUGCACCAGCAUGAGAAUGUGCACAUCCUAGAUACGCUCACGAGCCGAAUCAACACUCCAUUUCAGCUCUGUGUGGUAUCUUUGGCAUUGUUCAGAACACUCAUCGGCUUACACUGUGAAGAUGUGAUGUUACAGCUAGUUUUAAGAUAUCUGAUCCCAUGUAAUCACAUGAUGUUGAGUCAAAGAUGGGCUGUGAGGGAAAGAGACUGUUAUUCAGUGUCUGCUGCUAAACUGCUUGCUUUGACCCCUGUCUGCUGCUCUACUGGGAUUACGCUGACUGUUGAAAACCAAGCAAAAGAUUACAUCCUAUGGACAAAGGCCACACCUGGUGCAGGUUCUUGCAUAGGCUAUUGCGAAUCCAUGUGCAUUGUGAAAUACGGAAGAGCUGUGGACAUCAGUUACCUGCAGUACCUGUGGGAAGCUGAAGCCAUCAUUCUCCACUGCAUGAAAGAUUGCCAGGUUUGGUCUGCCCCAUAUGAUGGGGAAGACCCUGACCCAGACACCUUUAUCCAAACGCUGGCAGAGGAAAACAGUAAAAAUGUGGCGCACUCUAUGUUCCGACUCCAGCAGCGAACUUCCAGUAACGGCAGCUCCUCUCAAAUUACUCCAUUGGGAGAGAAGAUACAGUUGGAGCUGGAAUGGGAUGACAGCUACGACACAGGGAUUUCUCCUGGGUCUGAUGUGAGCUCACCCCAGCCUUAUGAUGAUCUAGGGACUGUAGAGAGACAACUGCCUGCAGAGCCACCAAAGCACAUUCAAGAGAUGAAGAAGAAUGCAAUCAUGCUCGUCAAAGGGUCUUACAUAGAAGAAUCAGAUUUUCAGGAUGAUGUCAUGGUUUACAGGUUAUGUGCCGAAAAGGAUGCUCAGGAUGGUGACAAUUCCAAGGAGGAAACUUCAAGUAUAGCAACUGAAUCUCAAAACACAAUUCAAAGCCAGCCCAUUAAGAGGUCUUUGAAAAACUCACAUCCAGACACAAAUUUAAAGGAACACAAUAGGAAAAAUUCUGGUUUGCCUCAGGAUGUAACAGAGGAACAAAUAAACCAGAAAGCUGUUGAAACAGACCCACAGCCAGACUUAGAGCUGAAACUCUCUCCUCCAGAAGCAGAUCAAAACUCAAAUGUGAGGCUGCUGAGCCCAGAUAGUGAGGAAUUCAUUGCACAAUAUGACAAAAUUAUUGAAGAACUGGAUUCUAACACAACAGGCUUGGAGGAGCAGAAAUUGUUGACACCUGAUCCUGUAUCUCCAGUGGAAGAGGAGGAGGACUUCGAAAAUUUUUCAGUGGACACUCCCUCUACAGAAAGUAUACUGUCUCCAUUUGGGCCAAAGGAGGAUACAUUUUCCAACCAUCCUGCAAGGAGCCAGAAUGCUGCAUUUACAGGGCCAUUUAUCAGCGUAGUGCUGUCAAAGCUGGAGAAUAUGUUGGAGAAUUCCUUGCAUGUUAACUUGCUGCUCAUUGGGAUUAUUACUCAACUGGCCAGUUACCCGCAACCUCUUCUUCGUUCCUUUCUGCUCAAUACCAACAUUGUAUUACAGCCUAGCGUACGAUCAUUAUAUCAGGUGCUGGCCUCUGUGAAAAAUAAAAUUGAGCAGUUUGCAUCCAUCCAAAAAGAUUUUUCAGGUCUUCUUAUACAGGCCCAGCAGUACUUGCUUUUCCGAGCGGACUUGUCUGAUGUGGCACCAGAGUUACUAACCAAAGAGAACAUCCAGCACAACUGCAGCACAGGGAAAGGAAGAAAUCUUUCUGAAGCUUCCCAAACCCUGCUCCAGCCUUUCUUGGGACACAAAGCAAAGAGAGUAACGACUCUUCCUGGCAUUCCCUUGCCUGUGAGGAAUGCUGUGCUUGCAGCUGCCCUUUUCCCAGAGUUUCUGAAGGAGCUAGCAGCUCUUGCACAGGAACACUCCAUCCUGGGUUACAAAAUACCGGGUGAUGUUGACGAUUAUUAUUAGUGUCAUUUUAACAGAUUUUUUUUCCUUAACAGAAUUAGCAGAUUUUUAAAUGCAAAGCUGCUUACAAAAGAAAGUUCUACUUUGAUACUUCCUGACAAUACUUGAUCUGGGAAAAAAAAAUCUCAUUCCAUGUUACCUUUCUAUUGGGCCUUAUGACUUCCAACUGUGCAACAUACUAAUUUGAAAUAAUAGAACCCCUCAGGAAUACAUCAUGUGUACCCUUUUCCCCUUGUGCAUCUACACAACUUCCUUUACCUCACUGCUCCGGUUUUCAAUUCUGGCCUAGAAAAGUGGGUUGCCCAGUGGGAGAAAUCUGAUAUGUAAAUAUAUAUGAAAAUUGUACAUAAUUGGUCAAAUAAGCCUUCUGUGUUAAGGGCCAAGAUUUUUGGGGGAGGGAAGGGGGUGUUUGCUUUAUUUUUAAAAGGGGAGUCUACAGUCCCACCUCUGAAAUCCCCUUUACCAAUGGCUGGGGUUGUGAAUCCAAGUGGUCUCAUGUGUUCUAAAUGCAUGACUAGCUGAAAGCAGGUGCUGUACCCAAGACAUACCGUAUUGCCUUAUGUUGCAUACAAAUCUGCAGCUCUCAGCUGUUGGUCUUUUGAAGUCAAAUGAAAUGUAUAAGUGGAUGUAGAGUGCAGACUGCUUGGCAUUUUCCUUGCAGUUUCUCAGCGUUCUUUGAUAAUUAUAUUGCUACCUAAAAUCUCAAGCAAGCCUUAUUUAGUAGAAUUUGCACAAAGUACAAAGCAAAAUGUUUCUAUGCAAGCUCUAACAAAUUUGUAGAAGAAAUUUGUUUGUGUUCUUCUAUUGAUAAGCUGAAGAAAAGUAUUCAAUAUCUUUCAGUAGUAUUACAAGAGCAACUCCAAUCGAUCUAUUUUUGUUAAGUACUGCUUUUUAUGGAAAAGGACAGCUUGCCUCUGAAGAGAGGUUUAAUUUUUUUUAAAAAAAGUCAUUUUGGUUAAGGAAAAACAAAAUGACUACUUGUAAAGAGAAACUGGUUAUUUAUUUUUAAGUUAUGUGCUAGCUUUGCCUAAUAUUGCACUUUCAGGGUAAUAGGGACGGGGGAGGAAUGUUCAGCAGUUGGGGAGGAAAAAGUAACAGGGAUAACUGAAAACUGUUUGCUAGUGACUAACUGCAAGAAAAUUCUCUUCUGUGAGUAAUGAGGUUCAUUAGAAGAACCCCAACAUGAUGAAUUGGUGCAUCACUGCUGCAUUUUGUCUUACUCUUAGUGGCAUAAUUGUGCUUCCAGUGCUAAACUUUGCUCUACGUGAAUGGGGGCUCAGUUCAUGAAAGCCUUAAUGCUUCCCCUUUCUACUACGAGAAAACUAAAACAACCCAAAAGCACUGAAAACCGGAGGUAAGAAUGAUAUUAAAGCAGUUUUUGUUAUGGUGCUGGUUAUAAUUCCCCAGUACUGAAAAGCCCCAUUAUAUAACUUCUCCAAUUUCAAACAUGUUAUCUUCACUUGGGGAAUGUAAAUGAAAAACCUAUAAAAAGAAAGAUCAGGUAACAUUCUGUAAAGUACUUAAGUGACUUAGGAUCUGAAGUCCCAUUAACUUAGUCCUUGGUCACAGCGGGGUAUGUCUACACAGUAGUUAAACACUUGCAGCUGGCUUGGGCUGCAGGCUUAAAGUUGCUGUGUAGAUGUUUGGGCUUUAAGUUAAGCCUGAGCUCUGAGAUUGUGUGGGGGGGUGGGGGGGGAAGGUCAUCCCAGAAUCCAGGCUCCAGUUUGAACUCGAAUGUCUAUACAACAUUUUAGUCCCACAGCCUGAGUCAGCUGGCCCAGGCCAGCCACCAGUCUUUUAUUCCAGUGUAGACAUACCCGUUGGUGCUUUGAAAAGUGCACCCAUUAUCCAUAGCAGGGAGAGGUAGAGUAGUGCCUGACUACACUAGGUCCUGUCUGUAGGAGACACUAAAAGUCCUAAAGUGGAUCUGUACAGACUGCCACCUGCAAAUACUUCCCUUGACCUGCCAUCACUUGUCUGUCUAGAUAUCUGUAAUGUAUUCAGGUCUGUGAUAUCUGAACACCAGCUGCCCUCCCUGCUGCAGCUCAGCCCUUUGUGCUCAGGCCCACAGGUCACUUUCUUUUCUGUUGCUCCUGCUCCAUGCAAUUCCACUAAACCACCCUCUAGCCUCCGUGCAGCUGCUCCACUCACCACCCCUUAGAGUGCCUUUUUUUAAAAACUCAUUUAAUUUAGGAAUGGGAGAAUUCUUCUACUGAUUCCAUUGCUGCUGGAGCCAUGGCCAACCAGCCUCAGGUCCCUUUCCUUCUCCUAGCAGCUGGUAGGUUCUUCACUCUCACUCACUCACACACACCCACCAUAGAACUGUGGUUCAUGCCUGUUCUCUCAUAAAUUAUCCCUCAGGGGAAGAGAGAGAUGGCGAAGCAUCACUUACCACAGUGCUCCAGCCUAUCUGGGCUGGGUCAGUGGCUGCUGAAUUCCUUAAGCACUGAUCUAAUCUAUUCCCAUGUCAAAGCAUAGCCACUAUCUUCUAGCAAGAAGCUGAUGUGAGUGCUUUAAAAGGACUAAAUACAUGUAAUAAUAAAAUAAGCAAACUUCAAUGAGUCAUAACCAAGUGGGGAUUUACUCCCAAGAAACCAUCCACACUUUUAAAAACUGUUAAUGGGGUGAAUUUGUUUGGUAAUUCUCCCUUUCAAGUUAAAAUC